AAAGAUUGUUUUUCUUAGUCCGGAAAACAAUUUUUUCUCGUUGCCGUAUUUAAAAAAAGUUUAUGCAUUUGUAUGGAUAAACAUAUAUAUAUAUAUAAUAUAUGUACAAUAUAUAUGGGAUAGAGCACGCUACUACUAAUACGCAAUAACGAUGGCAUCUGCUAGCUUGUCUUCAAACAAGUUAAAGCUUAAUCACCUUACGAUCAACAAUUAUAAUCGACAAAAUGCUUACGAGUCACAGAAACAGUUUAUUAAAUCUGUUCAAGAUUAUUCUAUCAAAACAAGCCAGUCUCCUGUUGAUAUAACUGAUGAUGUAUUUUCUCUUAAAAGUUUACCACCUAAACAUCAGUUAAUGAAAUGGUCCACUGAACUAUCUAUGCGUAAUAAUAUUGCGAGUGGAAUCCAUUAUAUAGAAUGCAAUCUAGGAAAGUUCAUGUAUGAAAGUGUUCAGCUUCUAAUAGCUUCUAAUAGCUCUUUAUAGGGUUCAAGAAAUGAAGCUAGCAGUUGAUCAAGAGUUAACAUGGUUUAAUUCUCCCAAGUUAGUACCAAAAUCAAUCAGUAUUUUUCCUUCUCAAAAUUUAAUCGAAAAAUUCAAAGAAGUGCUUUUUAAAAGGCCAGCUAACAAUGAAAUAUCAGAAUAUGGGAUGAGCCCUAAUACUUUAGCUGAGUUAUGUUGUGCUAGAUGGCUUUCAUCAGAUCAUAUGCUGCAAAUGUCCAGCAUUUUAAACUUGAUCCAAAGCCAUUCAAAGGUAAUUUAUUUUAACUUUUUAGGAAAUAUUGAGUAUUAUGUAUCAAGAAUAACUGUUGUCCCUGAAAAGCUGAUCUUUAUUAUAAAUGUUGGAGGAAACAACGAGAAAACAUUUUCUGGUACAGAUUUAAAUGCAGGUUGCCACUGGACACUUGCAGUUUAUGAUAGUAUUGAAGGUAAUUUUUACUAUGGAGAUUCUUUAGGAUGGUCAGCUCCAGAUGAUUUUUUAACUAAAGUUAAAUUAUUAAUCAGAAAAUUGUAUCACAUAAACGAAAGCUUUAAUAUCACUUAUUGUCAUGAUCCAAAGACACAUAUGAAUGGAGUUAAAAAAUGCAGUUCUUUUUGCAAAGAAAAUUAUCCCAUGCAGACAUGUGGAAAUAUUUGUGGAGUUAUUACCAUAAUAGUAUGUGCAAUCUCUUGCCUAAAUUAUGAUUACUUUAAAUGUAUGAUAAAUAAUGGUCAAAUAGGGACCAAUAAUUACAUUUUUUUAAAAGAAUUACUAAAUAUUCUAAAUAUUUAAGAUUAAUUUUAAUGUCAUGGUUUAUCUCAAAAGAAAUAAAUCUUGAUUUUGUUGUUCCUACCACUAUUGUGCGUGAAGUUUCCACCAGUAUUGAGGUAAGUGAUACUAAUUCUGAUGAAGAUGCCAUAUAUACAAAUGUUUUCGAAUCCAACUUAAAUAAAAAAAAUAUGGCCAGUGUAAAAAAUAUCGAUUUAUCUUUAAAAUGCGCAAUUUGCAAUAUCUCUUUCACCCAAAAAAAAAACAUGCUGCGGCAUAUGAAAAAUAAACACAAAUCAAUUGAUGAAGCACAAGAAAAUAUUCAAUCAGGAAAUUCUUUUUGUCUUCAAUGUGGAUUUAAAUGUAGGCGAGUUAAGGAUUUAAGAAAACAUUUAUCUACAGUUCAUUUUUAUACUUUUCAGAAAGAAAAAUUAUCAUUUGCUAAUUAUCGAGAAUUUGAAAUGUGGAAAUCAGAUGUUGAAAGUAAUAAUGCAACACAAUAUGUUUUACCUUCUGGUGAAAAGAUUGAUAAAGAUGGUAGGAAAGUAUCAUACUAUCAAUGCAACAGAAGUGGACUUUAUAAAUGCAUGGCGAAGAAAAGACUAGUUAAAAGUAGUGGUACUCGAAAAAUUGCUAAAAAUUGCACGUCCACACUUAAAGUUACCCAAACUGUAGAUGGACAUGUUAUUGUUAAUGCUUGUUACUCACACUAUGGACAUAAAAAUGAAAUUCAACAUAUUUCUCUAUCAAGCGUUCAAAGGCAAGAAAUUGCUUGCAAACUUAAAAUGGGUGUAACCAAAGAUAGAAUUCUAAAUGAUAUUAGAGAUGAAACAAGUUGUGUUCAAUCCAGGUUACAUUUAACCCAGCGUCAAGAUAUCAAAAACCUAGAAAAAGCAUUCAACAUUAAUUCUAUACAACUUCAUGCCAAUGAUCAAGACAGUGUUGCAAUUUGGCUAAAAGAAUGGCAAAUGAAGACAAAUAGUCCUGUUUUAUAUUAUAAACUACAGGGUGUGUUAGAUACAUGUAAUACAUUUAAAGAAUCAGACUUUAUAAUUAUAAUGCAAACAGAGCACCAAAAAAAAAUGCUGCAACAGUUUGGAAAAAAUGGUGUUUGUAUUGAUUCUACGCAUGGCACAAAUGCAUAUGAUUUUCUUCUCACUUCAAUGUUAGUUGUAGAUGAAUUAGGUGAGGGGCAACCUGUUGGAUGGUGUAUAGCAAACAGUGAUUCAUUUAGAUUUUUAAAAAUUUUUUUUAUAAAAUUACAAGAACAUUCUGGAAGUUUUUGUCCAAAAUGGAUAAUGAGUGAUUUGGCAUCCCAAUACUAUGAAGCAUUUUGUGAUGUUUACUUAUGUGCGCCUCUGAAAUUCUGGUGUACCUGGCAUGUUGAUAAAGCAUGGAGAGAAGAAUUGCAUAAAAAAGUACACAAUCUUGAAAUGGAAGCAGAUAUAUACAAACAAAUAAGAUUUGUUUUACAGCUUAGUGAUAAAAACCUAUUUGAUGACUAUUUAAACUCAUUGAUGGGUUACUUGCAAUCAUCAGUUUUGACACAAAUGUUCGCUGAAUACUUUGAAAAAUAUUGGGUUAAUAAUAAACAUAUAUGGGCAUUCUGUUAUCGUAUGGGUCAUGGCAUAAAUACUAAUAUGUAUAUGGAAUCUUUCCACAAAGUUUUUAAGUACAGUUACCUGCAAGGUAAGCACAAUAAAAGAAUUGAUAAUUGCUUGUUCGCUUUGUUAAAGUUUAACAGAGACAAAGUGUAUGAAAGAAUAAUAAAGUUAACAAAAGGAAAGAUUAGCUAUAAAUUAAAAAUGGUGCAUUCAAGACACAUUGCAAGCCUACAGCUAUGUGAAAGUUUUACUAAGGACGAUAAAGGAGCCUGGCUAAUACCAUCUGAAACAAAUGCUUGCCAUUACAGAGUUGUAAUACACCAAAAAUUGUGUGACAUCACUGAAUGUUUCACUAAAUGUCCCGAAUGUAAAGUUUGUACUCAUUUAUAUAGUUGUGACUGUAUGGAUUUCUUAACUAAAAAUAUCCCUUGUAAGCAUAUCCAUUUAGUGCAUCGUCAUAGUAAUCCUAGUAUACUUACAACAACUAUACCUCUCGAUUUCCCAACAUCUUCAAUUGAAUUGGACUGCAAAAUUAUAAAAGGUUGUGAACCUGCAGAUAUUAACAUUUUAAAAGAUAGCAUUAUUAGAAGUUUAAAGAAUCUAGCUAAUUUAGUAUCCGUUAGUUCAAUAUCAGAUGAGGAUAGUUUGCAGACAUUACAGAAAAAUAUAUCAUUAGCUAAAAAUACUUUCUUAAGCCUAACAACAAAUAAGCAAAAUGAAUUACAUAUCAAAAGUAAGGUUCCAUCAUACAAAACAAUAACUAAGCAGCCAACAUUUUAUUCAACAAAAAGAAAAAGAAAAACAUCAAACUUUAGGCUAGCAAAACCUUCAGCUACCGAAAUAAAUAACUUAUUAGAUAUCUCCAACUGGACCAUGAAAACAAAAGAAACUCACUUACAGUCACCAAGUAAAUUGACCAAAGCAAAACUUGGUACAACAUCCAAUAGUAAUAUAAAAACAAACAUAUUGUCGAUAGAACAAAGAAAAGUUUUAGAAUUAUUUGCUUACAAAAAACCAACUAUCAGUAACACAUUAACUAUAAAAGAUUUACGUCUGGAUGACAAUUUUCCUCAUCCAGAAAUACUAAAUCAUGAUAUUUCAAUUGUCAAAGAAUUAAUAAACCCAGAUGUGUUUGAAAUGGUUCAGACAAAAUUGCUUCACCUAGAACAAAGUUGGAGUUGUUCUAUAUGCAGUACACCUCAGUAUAAGGAUAUGAUUGAGUGUGAAGUUUGUGAGACGUGGUACCAUUGGAUUUGUGUGUCUUUAUCUGAAACAGUAGGUGAUGUGCAUUGGAUAUGCCAUAAAUGUGAUUCAAAAAAAGUUGUGCGUGUGGAAUAAAUAUACAAAAUAUUGAUUGAGUUAAGUUCACUUGUUUAUUUAUUGUGCUGCUUUUUUUAGUUCUUUCAGCUUCUUUAUAGUACUUAAAUUUCGAGUUUAUGUGUGCAUCAUUAAGUUAUGUUACAAAUAAACUGUUUUAUUAAAAUCUUCUAAUUAUAAUCCAAAUCUUAAUAUAAUUUAUUUUUCUUAUUCUACUGACCAACAGCUUGCAGUUUGAUAAAUAAAGUAAAAUGUUUUGAAAAUCACAACUUCAAAUAACUAAAAAUGUUUUCAAAGUCAUGUUGAGUCCAAUUUCCCAUAAAAAAUUAUCUAUAACUAGAACAUUCUCUAAAUUAAAUUAUUUAUUUGUCUGUUUAACGUUUAAAUUACCCCAAUGCAAAUGUUUUUAACAAUGCUUCAUUUAUUCUGAAUGCAAAUAUUAUUGUUUAAAGGUGAUGAUUUUUAAAGAAGACGAGGUUAACAUUGCAUGCAAUUGUUACAGUUUCUUUGCAUAUGUUUUAAAUUUAUACUUCAUUUUUAGUUUAUGCCAAAAAUUUGAUAGCGGCAUAGACAUUUAUACCUUUCUGAUAUUAGCAUAUGCAUUGGCAUUUAAUAUUAUGCUAUUUGUGACACUGGUAUAAAUUGCCCUAAUUGUGCUGUUUGUGUCAUGGUGUUAAAUUUUUUUUGACACAACACGCUUAUACCUUUAUGGCAUUGGUAAUUUAGUAUUAUAUAGCCUUUUGUGUAAUCGCUAUAAGUCGUUAGGGUUAUCUUAUAUUUAUAUUCCUUAUAUAAGAUAUAGUUAAACAUUAGAGCAAAUAAAUGCUCGUAUGUGUUAAAUAAUGAAGGAAUGUUGCAACUAAAGACAAUUGCAAUCCAGUUAAAUAAUAAUAUUUGCAUUGUCCCAGAAAAAAAAAAUCUGUUUUAGGAUAGGAUUUUAAAUACUAUUGUGCAUUGUGAAUAAUCUAAUAAAUAAAUAGUUCCUAUGACUCCCCGACCCACGUUUAUAAAAUAUAAGUAAUAUUCAUUAUGUACAAUAGUAUUUAAAAAAAAGAGUUUUUUAUAAACCUGGUAGUAGGGUGACUGUUAAAAAAUUUUUGAAAAAAAUUUAAAUACUACUUUUAUCAUUUGUCUGAUAUAAUACUAAAACACUACGUUUGGAAUUUUUUUUGAAUAUAAAAUGAUUAUAGGGGUAGCUCCAGACCAUAAUUAUAAUUUAUAUUAUAAUAAUUUGACGGGGUCCUUAAUAUUUUGAAAAUAAAAGUGCUUUUAAAGUAUGUCAACC